GAGGCAGGAAGAAGAGCGGAUCCGCCCCCUCUCCCUCUCCCCCUCCCCGCACCUUCUCCCCCAUUCACCCUCCCCAGCACAUCCCGAAGCACCCACGCCGAGUGGCAAGGCGGUCCGGCGACGUCAAGGUCUUGCGGGGGACACUCGCCGCCUCCCCACGCGAGAGAGCCCGCCUCGCCAGCCCUCCGACACUGAUCCAUCCCAGCGGAGAGAGCCUCAACUUGAGACCGGUCAGGAACCUCAGCUGGGACCAGAAAAGGUGGUGGGAAAGAGCAACAGGGCCAGCGGAGGAGCUGGGAAGAAAAGUGGGAACUGGAGGACGAAGACGAGCCAUUGUCGCCCGGGAAGCAGCAAGCGGACUGGCAACCCACCCGCCUCCCGGCGGCAGAGCUGGGGGCCCCCACCCAGCCCAUGGAGCCGCCGGGAUCUGGCUUGGGGGGAGCCGCCAUGCUCGCUGGUGAGUAGUAGACGAUGGAGGGAGAAGGAAAGACCUCCGUUCAUGUCUCCUCUCUAAGUCUCAGACCUUCGAGAUCCGGAAGUCAUGGAUCCCUCAGUCACUCUCUGGCAGUUUCUUCUGCAAUUGCUGGAACAGCAGAGCAAUGGGCAUCUGAUUGCAUGGACAUCCAAUGAUGGGGAGUUCAAGCUGGUUGAUGCGGAAGAGGUUGCACGACUCUGGGGCCUGCGGAAGAACAAGACCAACAUGAAUUAUGACAAGCUGAGCCGGGCCCUGCGUUACUACUAUGACAAAAAUAUCAUCCGCAAAGUCAGUGGGCAGAAAUUUGUCUACAAGUUUGUUUCUUACCCAGAACUUUCAAGUAUGGAAGGCAUGAAGGAUGAGGCAGGUACCAAAAAACCUGAGCAGGUCCCAGGCGAGGCCAAAGCAGGUGAAGGAGCAUUUGGUACCUCCAAAGCUGCCCGAGGAGGCGGAGGUGCCCCACGUAGCAGUCGAAAUGAAUACAUGCGUUCCGGGCUGUACUCCACUUUCACCAUUCAGUCGCUGCAGACCCCUGCGCUGGCUGGACGGGCCACCCGCCAUGAGAUGGAGGUCUUGCCUGUGGUGCCUCCCCUCGCUGCUGCUCCCGAGCCAAUGGCCCCCUUUUCCAUGGCCCCAGUGGAGGACCUGCCCCAACUGCAUAUAAGCAUUGAGGAACCAGAGGAGUCUCAAGAGCCACUGCAGGUCAUAGUGGAGCCCAUUCCUUUGGAGACUCCUGCACUCAAUGAGAAGGUGCUGGUGAAAGUGGAGGAGAACCUUGACCUUGACGAAGAGGCAGCUGCUCUGAUGGUUUUAAUGGAUGGUGGUGUGAAGGAAGAGACAGCUCCCUCGGAGAAGUCUUCUCUGGAGAAGGAUUCUGUGGAGGCUGAGCUGCAGCAAGAUGGGGAUAGGCUACUGAAGAAGGAAGCACAGUCUCCCAGCCUGGUGUCUGUUUCUCUUGAAGGACAGCCCCAGAAGGGCAAGAAGCCUAAAGUCCUGGAGCUUCCAUCAUUGCCAACCCAGGAGAAAGUGAAUGCAGCUGUUAACAGCCUCCUGGCACCAGGCGGGACAGGGAGCACCUUGACACCAACCACAGUUAUUUCUUCUCAUGCACUGACUCCAGUCCUGCUCACCCCAAGUUCCUUGCCACCCACCAUCCACUUCUGGAGUACCUUGAGCCCCAUUGCACCACGUAGCCCAGCCAAGCUUUCCUUCCAGUUUCCCAGUAAUUCUAGCUCACAAGUUCAUAUCCCGUCACUCAGCGUGGAUGGACUCUCCACUCCUGUAGUCCUUUCUCCUGGUCCCCAGAAGCCAUAAUCUUCCCUCUGCAUCAUCGUAUUCCCUACUCCUGCCAAAGAACUGGCUUGAGUCUCUUUUCAAGCACUUGGGUCUACUUCUUCAGCUAGACAGCUAUGUGUCCCUUCGUUAACUGGAAGAACGCUUUGAUGAUUCAAGCAGUGUCAGCUUGAAGAACGAAAAUGGCAUAGCAAGCAGAUUCAUCCACUAGUUUCUGAUCUGUCAGAAUUUUCCUUUGAAACCAAAUGGUGUUUUGCUGAUAUCAAGCACUUGAUGUAUGGCACUUGCUUCCUGUUGAAAAAUUUCAGGCAGACCUCAAAUACAUCUGUGAGGGCAAUGAGAAUAUAAGCUUUAUUUGGUCUCCUCUCCAAGAGGCUGCCCGUAUUUGACUCUGUUGUGGCAAUAUGGCUUUCCUUUUCUGUCCCCUGUGUUGGUAGUCAAUCUUUUAAUACAAUUUAGCUGUUGGUCCAAGGUCAAGAAGGCUACCAAUCUUCAUCUACCUUGCAAGGUAAAUCAAAUAUCUCAUUCCAUCUCAAUUUUUUUUCUGGCUUAGUUUUAGCUUUGUUAUCAGUAGAGAAGUAGGUCCUGCCAGCCAUGUUCAUUUUGGGAGUAUACAAAGAAACCAGUGUCAGCCAUAUUUGUUUUGGCUAUGUAUGGACAAUAGGUUGAUAUGUAAGCCAUCUUUGUUUUUGCAGGAUAGAUAGAAUAAGGAAUUUUGAUCAGCUUUAGUUUUGAAUGGAUGGGUGUGGGAGUGCCAUAGCUACUCACAUCGAUUGCAGCUGAACAAAGAAGAGAAGAGAAAGCGCUGUUGAUCAUGUUUCUUCUGAGUAUUUCGUAAAGAAGGUAUAUUGAUACAUAGGUCAUUACUGUAUUUGAUUUGACUUCAUAGAAAAAAAUAACGGGAUGUGUUUGCUGUGCAACACAAUAGGAGCACACUGUCAGCCAUACUCAGUUUGGCCGGCUAAAGCAUCAGCAGCAACAAUUGUGCUUACUUUGGAUAAACUCUGUUGAUUGUGAUUCUUUUGGUUCACUGAAGUAGGAAUCUUUCUGGUAUUUCUUUGGGAGAAAAGUGCUCCAUUUGACACCAGGACUACAGCUGGGGAAGUUUUGAUCAUUUUUCCCCCCAUUGGUCAAAAGUCACCGGUUCGUCAACGUGGAGACCAGAGAAUGAUGUCUGCUUACUGAUUUCAAGAUCUACUUUCUCUUGUUGCAGAAUGGUUUCCUUAAUUUAUUUCCUGACGCUCAAAAGUCAUGAAAGAAAUGACCAGAGGGGAAAUCUUAACCCUCUCUAUUUUUGAUUAAUUUUUAUGGUUUCAUUUCUGUCAUCAUUGGAGAAAUGUCAGGCAUCAGCUAUUGUGUGGAAAAUGUUAAUUACUGAUUGAUCCUGAUCUCACAUACCUCUUCAGUUUUCUUCCAACUCUUGAGUCAUCCUGGAAACAGCAGUGACAAAUCUACCAUCUUAUAAUCUCUUCAGUUCCUGCAGCCAAAAAAGCUUCUUUAUGGAAAUAGUGGAAAUGCCAUCUUUCUAUAGUUACACAUUUUAUUCCAGAUGCAUCAUAAAGAGUCUCUGCAAAGGGCUGUGUCUCUUUGUCAGAUGGGUUUAUUAGAACUCAUAUACUCAGAUGACAAGAAUUUCAUCACUUGUUUAUUGUGGUUUUUUGGAGGUUAUCCAUAAGUAUUUGUUAAUACCACAAAAGAUACGCUAUUUCAGAAGUAUCAGCCAAUUCUUAAUUAGAAUUCCUGGCACCUUCUAUUUUUUCACAGAGUAUCUAUAUCUAUAUCUAUAUAUCACAAUUUUAUCUAUUGUCAAGAGAGUUGUAUUAAGAGAAAAGUAGAUGGUUCAGAACUAUAUUUAUCUUUCUGUCUGUCCAUUUUGAUAACUAUUUUUUAAACCGCAGGGUGGGGGUGAGAGAACAUUCUUUUAAAGUGAGUUUGGAAAGGGAAGCAUUUGGCUUUCUAAUUGUUUGUAUGUACCUGUGUACAGAUUUUGAAGUGGAAAGAUUAGUUAAGGGCAUAGUGUGGGGAGGUUUGGUUUUCAAAUUACUCUUAGAAGAGUUUGUAAUGGAAAUUCAAUAAUGGUAGACCAGGUUCUCUAUAAGAGCAGUUUCCAACUGUGAUGGUUGAAGAUCAUGAGACUUGGUCUGUCCUAUCUGGAGGACACCAGGUCUGAAGCCUUUUCCAGGGUGUAUUUGGAGCAACCGUGUGGUCCAAUAGGCCAUAUGUUGCCUUGUUCUGAAGGUGUUCCCUAGAAUGUGCCUUGGAAUUCUUGAAAUCUUUCCAGGACAUGCUAACCGCUACUGAGGAGUUCCUUAGAAUAUGAAUAACUGCAAAGUGGGCUCUGUAAGAGCAAACAAACACACUGAUACCAAUAAGAAGGAUUAAAGCAGAGAUUUGAUGAGGAGGCCAGACCAGACGCUGAACUUGGGUAUCUGUAGAUCUAUCAAUGACUUCACUAAAAUUAGAGACCACUGAGGUUUAAAUUAGAAUGUCAGAAAAUAUGUAAGUUAAAACCUUGCAUAUGGUUCAGUCAUGAUGAAAAAGAGGAGCAGGGUAAGGAACCCAGUUAAAAAAGCAAAAGAGGAAUAUGCCUGAAGAACCCAGGAUCUUUCCCAAUUCAUAGGUUUACCUCCUCACAAUUUGUACUGUAUUCCCAAAUGAUUUUUCUAUGUACUAGCAGGAGUCUCAUGUAGUAUGUAACCCCCUAAUUAAAUUACCUGGGGAAUUGACUGCAGGGAGAUAAGCUAUGAGCAGGAUUUCACCAUCCAUGUGCCAACUUGCUUUUAACUCACUCUCUGCUCCCACUUUUCUAUGUGAUUGGUGUAGAAGUGAGUUUAAACGAUAUGCUACAUUUAUGCCCAAAAGGGCCCUGUUGGAUUAGGCUUCAUUCCUUGACAUAUUUUGUAGUGAUGGGAUAGAAUCUGCUCUCAUAGGGAAUUAAGCAAGACCACAUGGAUUUAUUCUGGCAAGAAAGAGAUGAAACUGGGUAGAAGAUUGAAGAUUUGACCAAUAGUAUUGUAGAUAGCAGAUUUGGGAGGGCUUUAAAAGCAAAUGUUUAUAGCCAGAAAGAUAUGGUUUAUUUUUAAUCAUCCUGUUGUGUAGCAUUAAUAAUAACGAUGAUUAUAUUAUUGCUGCACUUCCAUAUUGCCUCCUCCUGGGAGAAAUCUAAGUGCUUUACAAGGGGUGGUUUACAGAUUUAUUUAAUAAAUUAGGCACUUUGUGUAAUCAGCAAUCUGCAAAACAAUCAGGUACAGUUCAUGAGUGUUACUAUUCAAAUCAUGUGUAAAUCAUAUGUGACUUUUGUAUGAAGUAAGCUGUGCUUUAAAGCAAACUGUGAGUACAGCAUCCAUAAGCCUAUAUAUAUAUAUAUAUAUAUAUAUAUAUAUAUAUAUAUAUAUAUAUAUAUGCACAAAACAGAUGGAAAACAAGACUACAUUGUGGCUGAGCACGAAGCAUUCGAGCAGCUGAUGUGUAAAAAAUGAAGAGUGAUUUGUGGCACGUUUAUGUAAUGCCACUAGUACAUCAAGAGUAAGUAUUUGCAUUGUAAUGGAUUUGUAAUGUACUUUCAUAAAAUAACCUGUGGUUUUAUUUUAGCCAUCCUACAUGCAAACCACGGGUAAGCCAUGAAUAGCCACCAGUAAAACUGCAAACAUUGUUUCUUGUAAAGUGUAAGUGAAAUGUGGUUAUACUUUGAGUACACCAUAUGCAAACAAUGAAUAGAUCAUGUAAGCCAUUAUUGACCUACGGUCAAGCCAUGUGGAAGCCGAUAUAAUGUUUAAACCAUUUUGGUAUGGUUUUUUUUAAAUAACUGGCUUUCCACAUUAAACCUCUCUAUUUUUCUCAUGCAGGUGCCAUUGGGCUUGCCCCAGUUUUAUUGAGAGCACCCAGCAGAGUAGCUUUACAAGAAUCUUGUCUAGGACAAACGACUGCUUUGACACUCUCCCUCCUGAAGCUUGGUCUUCAGGGUUAAUUGUUUGAAAGUCCUAGCAGGACUUAGGAGGGUGUGGCUCCCAGAGCCAAACAGUAGCACUACAGUCCUAGACUUCUUUCCUCACUUCAACUUGUGCAGCUUUCAGAAACUUUGUGCUAGAGUAAGACAAUGUUUUGUAGCCAUAUAGUAGUGCUGACACAUAUGACAAAGAUAUCCCUGCUAUGGUGGCAUGUUCAAGGGAUAAUUGCAAAAGGACUGUUGAAGAAUAUUGCAAAAAUUUUACACAUGCACACCUAAAUCUCCAGAAUACACACACAAAGGUAUAUGUUUAUAUUCCUUCCAUUAGUAGCUCUUCAGGAUUCAUAGAGCUAUGGAUUCCUUUAUCUUCAAAAAAGGGAGAACAGGAUAAUUAUUCUGAAAAGUGCUUAAUGUCCUCUAAACAACAUUAAUAGAAAUAAUUGUUAUUUGGA